GUCGUCGUCAGUCGUCGGUCGUCGGCUGGGUCAUCGACAAGCUGUGCACAUCUCCUCAGUCCUCACUCACUCAUCUCCCCUUCUCCUUGCUAGCCCACACCAGCCAGAUCCGCGUCCUUCUCCGACCGCCUCCACCGCGUCCGGCUCGCCGCCGCGAGAUCCCGGCCGGUCCGCCUCCUCCCCUUCAUCCGUGGAGCUUCCCCGACCAACCCAUCCGCGUGGCCACAUCAGAUAGAUGGCUGGCGGAAUUGUGACCGUGGCGAGCGGGGUGAUGAACCCCCUCAUCGGCAAGCUCACCGCACUCAUGGGCGACGAGUACACCAAGUUCAAAGGGGUCAAGAAGCAGGCGUCCUUCCUCCAGGAGGAACUUAGCGCCAUGAAUGCCGCCCUCCAGAAGCUGGAGCUCAUGGAUGACGAGCUCGACCCAAACAUCAAGGACUGGGGGGACCAUGUCAGGGAGAUGUCCUACGACAUGGAGAAUUGCAUCGACGACUUCAUCCGUCAGUCCCGAGCUGACGAUGCCAAGAGAAGCUUCAUCAAGAAUACUGCUCGACGCAUUAAGAAGAUGCGAGACCGUCUUCGUAUAGCCCACCAGAUGGAAGAACUCAAGACCCUCGCUAUAGAGGCGAAUUCUCGGCGCCAGAGGUAUAAGGUUGAUGAUUGGAAGCCUGCCUCCGGCUCUGUGGAUGUUGACCCUCGGCUGCGCGCGGUCUUCCAGGAGGCAGAUUCUCUCAUUGGCAUUGAUGGCCCAAGGGAGGAGGUUGCAACUCGGUUGAUGGAUACUCAAAAGAAUCUCAAAGUGGUGUCAAUUGUGGGAUUUGGUGGCCUUGGCAAAACUACACUUGCCAAACAGGUGUAUGACAAGAUUGGCUCACAAUUCGAUUGCAAGGCAUUUUUUUCAGUUUCGCAGAGACCUGAUAUGAGUGAAUUACUCAACAAUUUACAAUAUAAACUUGGGAUGAAGAAUCCUGAUACAUCCCACACUCGGAAGGUUGACGAUAUCAUUGAAGAGCUAAGACAACAUCUGAAAAAUAACAGGUACCUUAUUGUUGUUGACGAUGUGUGGGAUGAAUCAGCAUGGAAUAUUAUUAAGUGUGCUUUUCCAGAAGUGGGCAAUGGAAGUAGAGUAAUAGUCACAACACGAGUGGAAGUUGUGGCCGGCGCAGCCUGUCAGAAUGACCGUGAGGGCAUUUACAGAUUGAAACCUCUCAGUGAAGAAAACUCAAGAAUGUUAUUGCUCAAUAGAGUAUUUGAGUCCGAACAUGGUUGUCCACCACAACUUGAAGACAUCAUGGCUGAGAUUUUGAACAAGUGUCAUGGGCUGCCACUUGCUGUUAUAACAAUAGGUAGCCUAUUAGCCAGUCAAGAAAGAUCAAGGAAGGGCUGGGAGAGUAUAAGGGAUUCUCUGGGUGCUCACUCUGCCACAAAUCCCACAUUAGAAGAGAUGAAGAGUAUAUUAAACCUUAGCUACAUGCAUCUUCCUGCUCAUCUGCGGGCAUGUUUUUUGUACCUUGGUAUGUAUGUUGAGGACUAUGAGAUCUCACGGGAUGAUCUUGUUCGACAAUGGAUCGCUGAAGGCCUUGUAGGUAAUUUGCAGGGGAGAGAUAUGGAGGAUGUUGGCAGGAAUUAUUUCAAUGAACUUAUCAAUAGAAGCAUGAUUCAGUCUUGUGAAACGGAGUGUGGAGAGGUAUUGUCUUGCAAAGUACAUGAUAUAAUGCUUGAUUUGAUCCUAAGCAAGUGUGCUAAAGAUAAUUUUUUAAGUGUGGCAUACAAUUAUGAAGACAUGGCAAGACUGCAUGCCAGCAAAUACAAGAUCCGGCGAUUAUCUCUGAGCUCUAUGGCUAGUGGUGGAGCAACAUAUGGACCAACUAUUGGUGUUAACCUAUCACAAGUUCGGUCGUUUACAUUGUUGGGGAAAUCCAUGCCUCCUCUUGUGUUGUUCAAGUAUCUCCGGGUGAUUAGGAUUCAUCGAGGUAGUACUCGGGGAGACGGGGAGAUACUUGACCUCAGCGCUAUUAGCCAAUUGUUUCAGUUGAGGUAUUUGUAUGUUUGGGGACCAUAUUUCGUACAGCUCCCUGCUAAACUUCAGGGGCUUCUUUACUUGCAGACACUGCACAUAGAUUCACCGCUCGACAGCAUUCCUUCAGAUAUAGUCCAUUUGUCCCACUUGUCCUAUCUUUAUAUUUAUGAAUGCACCCACAGACUGCUGCCUGAAUGGAUUGGUAAUAUGAAAUCACUGAACAGUCUGAGAAUGUCGGUAGGCCUUAUGACCGGUCAGAGUGAAUUGAAUGGGAUGAACGGUAUUAUGGGUCUUGGCGAGCUAACCAAUCUCAGGGACCUAACGAUCGACAUGUAUUCUUUGGAGAAGCCAGAACUUGAUGCUUUGGCCUGCUCCAUUGGAAAGCUCUAUAACCUCAAAUAUCUUCAGUUGUAUGGGUGCGAUACUAAAAUCCAUAGCCAGAUGGACUCAUUAUCCAAUCCUUUCCAACACAUCGAGAAAAUUGACAUGCCUGUGUUGAAUUUCUGUAGAGUUCCCAUUUGGAUCGGUGGUCUCCAUUGCCUUCGCAUCCUUGACCUGUGUGUGGACGAGACCUCGACUGACGAGGUUGGUCUUCUUGGAGAGCUUCCCUCCCUCGUCAAACUCAUAUUCAGGCCGUCACAUGUCCCUAAAGAAAGGGCUAUACUAGGCACGGGACUGUUCCCUGUUCUAGAGUACUUCGGAUUUUGGACUAAGGAAGACGCUAUGGCAUACCUGGGAUUCGAGGCGGGGGCCAUGCCCAACCUACGGACCCUCAUUCUUCGUAGCAAGGAGUGGGGUGGCAGUAUACCAGUUGGGAUGGAGCACCUGUUAUGCCUCGAGAAGAUCAAAGUGUAUCGGGAUUACCCCCGUGAUGCAGCAACCAUGGUUUCUGCGUUCAGGGAUGCCUUAUCAUUGCACCCCAACGACCCUUCCGUUGAAUGGUCACAAACAGUUUGAAUUUGUCAGGUUGUGUGGCCAAUCCGUUUUACCAACUGCCUGAAUUGGUUGGAGGCCCAUGCAGCUACAUGGCCUUAUAGGUUGUUUCUGCAGCUGGCUGCACAACAUGGAGACUGAUGUAUAAAAGGAUUGUAAGCAAAAUCCAGAGUUUUAUUGAAGGCCCGCUUUACACGUUUCCUGAAGCAGGUAAUGACCCUGUAUCAAUGAGGGGCGGCGGCACACCAGUCGGCAUGGAGCACCUCUUACGCCUCCAGAAGAUCCGUCUGUAUAGUGUUGACUCCGGUGAUGCCACCAUAGUGUCUGUGUUCAGGAACGCCUUAUCAGUGCACCCAAACUGCCCUUCCGUUGAACAUUUUCGUUAGUUAGAGUUCUUCUGUCGGAUUGCAGUCUGAUUCUUGUUAGAUUGUGCGGCCAGUCUGUAGUCUGUUUAGCCCACAUUGAACUGCUCAGCAGGCCCUUUGAUUAAUGCGGAUAUGUAGAGUUUGAAAUCUCAUGGCGCUGUGUGUCCUGAAUUGGUUAGAGACGAGAUGAGAAGUUGGAGGCCAGGAAGCUACAUGGCAUUUUAGGAAGAGUUUGGUUUUUCUGCAGCUCAUCGGAGAAAUAGGGACUGUUGUGCAAAGGGACCGUAAAACAAUCCAGAGUAUGAAAAUAUAACUUUACAUUACAGAACCAGGGAAGCUGCCAUCGUAGGGAGGACCCCGACUCCGAGGCAGCAGAGAAGAGAGCAGUAGUUGCAGAGGCAGAGAAGAAAGCAGAGGAAGCAUCUGUCCUGAAAACUACUACUCAGUUCCCAAAUCUUGGAUGAAACUAGUUUCACACUGGGCCUGGAUGGGACUUGUUCAUAUUGUUAUUGUUUCAGUUUUGGUGUCGAUGUGCCUAGAGCUCCACACGAACGCCUCGUGCCGGACUGGCAUGAUGUGUACCAAGCCGUAAACAUGUACUCCCUCUGUAACUUUUUGUAUAAAAUGUCUUUAGAGUCCAUGACAGUGACAAGGAGUGAUUCGUCCGAUUUUAAGUUAGAUUCUGGUUGGUGUUAACGAUAUGGUUGCAUGUAUGCUGAAUAAGGGAGCACACUAUCAAUUUUCUGGCACUACUUUCAGGUGCCAGGCUUGUUCAUAUUA